AUGAUCUCUAAACCUGAACCAACUUUGCUCGAGCAAAUCGAAGCUGCGGGAUGUCUCGUAGAUACCGAUUCUAUGAAUCCCGAAAUCGCCAAGAACCUCCCUAUCAAAGCUCACGAUAUGACCUCUAAUCAUCUUUUGGUAGAUGAGCAACUUCACAACCCCGAGAACAAGGAGUUGGUAGAGAGAACUAUCAAGGAACUCAAGGGCAAGAGCUGGUUGGAAGUUCACACCGUUCUUUCCGUAAGAUUCGCUAAGAGAGUCUUACCAUACAUCCAAGGAAGAGUAUUGGUCCAAGCUUCUCCCCGAAACGCUUAUAACAGAGAUGCUAUCGAAGCUCAUGUCAGAGCUUACGACAAGGUCUUCCAAGAGGAGGGUAUUCCAAGAGAACGAUUCAUGGUCAAGGUCCCAUCCACCUCUGCCGGUGUCCAAGCUGCUGCCGUCCUCAAUGCCGAGGGAAUCAGAACUUUGGGUACUUCCUUGUUCUCCCUUCCUCAAGCUAUCGCUUGUUCCCAAGCUGGCAUGCACUCUAUCAGUCCAUACUUCAAUGAAUGUCCCGCCCACGUUGACCCAUCCAUCUGGCCUGAUGUCGAGGACGUAGCUACCCAACACCCUAUGGCCGCUCGAAUGAGACACAUCAGGGACACUUACGACCGACUUGCCAAGGAGACCGGAAAGACCCAACCUCUGAUCAAAGCCGCUUCUUGUGUAACUGCUCGAGAAUGUAUGGCGAUGCUCGAACUUGGUGCCGACUCCAACACCAUCCUUGCCGACCAGAUGGAAGAUCUCUGCUCAACUUCCAAACUUCCUAAAUACAAGAAGGGUGCAGAACACCAAGUUCGAUUUAAGAACCAAUUGAACAACACCGAAAUCUACUGGGAAGCAUGGAACAAGGUUGAACCUGCCGCUUCAAAAGAUCGAUUGAAGGAGUUGGCCACCAAAGACCCAUUGAGCAAAGUUAUGCAAAAAGAUUGGAAGAUCGCUUCUACCGAUAUCAACUAUCUCGAAGAUGGUGUUUUGGACAAAUACAACAAAGAAGAUGAAAUUACCGCUAUCAGAUUGAAGGAUGCCUUGGAAUUGUUCUACAAUGGUGAAGAGAACUCGAGAAAGGAGAUCGAAAGGUUACAAGCUAUCUACAAUGCUUAA